UUAAUUAGGAAGUCAAAAUAAAAAUAAAAAUAAAAGAAUAUCCAAAAAGCAUAUGACAAGCAUUCAAAUUAAAAAAAAAAAUAUAUAUAUAUUCCUCCAGAUUUCACCUAUAACCGAAUAUUCUUCCAGUAGAUGCUGAAUCCCCAUAUUCUUCCCAUUUUCCUGCGUUCAUCAUUCCUUCCUUCCACUCUGCAUAUAAAAUCUUCUCAUCUCCUUCCCAAAAUCAUGCAUUGUAUCAAAUUAAACCCAAUUCAACUCAAAUCAAUCCCUUCUUUUCUUCUAAACCCUUAUUCUAAUCACUCUUUUUCAAAACCCUUUUCUCUUAAUCGCACAAAAAUGGCUGCUCUUAAAGCUGUUCAUGUCUCCGAUGUUCCUAAUCUCGAUCAGGUCAAUGAAAACGCCGCCGUUUCGCUUUCUUCUCGGUAUAACCCGAAAGAAAUGGAGACGGUGACGAUGGAGAUGGGGAAUAGGAAGAAGUUUAUGGUGAUCGGACAUCGAGGAAAUGGAAUGAAUAGAUUACAAUCAUCUGAUCCUAGAAUGAAACAUGUUAAAGAGAAUUCUAUUCUUUCGUUUAAUACAGCUGCUUCCUUCAAUCUUGAUUUCAUUGAAUUUGAUGUUCAGGUCACAAAAGAUGGAUGCCCAAUCAUUUUCCAUGAUGAUUACAUCCUCUCAAAGGAAAAUGGAAUAAUAUAUGAAAAGAGAGUGACUGAUCUAACCUUGAGUGAAUUUCUUGCAUACGGUCCACAAAAACAAGACGGAAAGAUUUCAAAACCACUGUUGAGAAACACCAAGGAUGGAAAAUCCGUUAGUUGGGAUGUCAACUACGAUGACACUCUAUGCACCUUGCAAGAAGCCUUCGAGGAAGUCGAUCCCAAAUUAGGUUUCAAUGUCGAGCUCAAAUUCGAUGAUUACAUCGUUUACAAAGAAGCUCAUCUCGUCAAUGUUCUCCAAGCCAUCUUAGAGGUUGUUUACAAGUAUGCCAAAGACAGACCAGUUAUAUUCUCCACAUUCCAUCCAGACGCAGCCCUACUAGUGAGAAAUCUACAGGGAACAUACCCAGUAUACUUCUUAACAAAUGGAGGCACUGAACGUUACGAUGAUGUUAGACGGAACUCGUUAGAAGAAGCCCUUAAUCUCUGUUUGGAGGGUAGUUUACAAGGCAUUGUUUCUGAGGUUAAAGGGAUAUUCCGAUACCCUGGAGCUGUUAGCAAGAUUAAGGACUCUAAACUUUCCCUUCUUACCUAUGGCACUCUAAAUAACGUACCUGAAUCAGUGUACCUACAACAUCUAAUGGGGAUAGAUGGUGUGAUAGUAGAUUUUGUUCAAGAAAUUACAAAAGCUGUAGAUAAUCUGAUAAAGCCAGUAAAAACAGAGGAAAAUGAAGGAGAAUUGCAGUCAGAUGUAAAGCCACAAUUCUCUCAAACAGAACUUUCUUUUCUGCUGAAACUUAUUCCAGAAUUGGUACAGCAGUAAAUACAUUGAUGGAUUGUUCAUUACUGAUGAGCCUCAUUAAUAUCCUCUUGUAUUUCUGGGGAUGUUUUUUCACCUCGGGUUAAAUCUGUAAUUUUACCACUCAGUAAAUAUUUGAGGUUGAAGCCA